UCAUGGCAGCCGGUAAAGCGUCCUUGGCGGCGUUUGGACUUCAGUUUUGUCUGGAAAAUAAGCUUUUGUCAAAGUCAAACCUGCCUUGUAUUUUCAGCUGUGUUAGAAGAGGUUUUUCCACAAGUGUUUUGUCUCAGACUGUCGAAGAGUCCAGCGCCUCGACUUCUCCCAGCAGCAGCAGUUUUGGUGGACCUUUGGAACAUUACAACAGUCUUGUCCGGGACGGACAGCUACGAGAAGAUCUGCAGCAAAGAGACGUUGUGGAGAAACUGGAUCAGAUGCAGAAGAAUCUCAGAGGGUACAACAAUGACCACUCAACAUUUUUUUCAAAGUUUAUCUCCAAGCGAAAGCCACCAAAAGGUUAUUACAUUUAUGGAGAUGUUGGCACAGGAAAAACUAUGGUUAUGGACAUGUUUUUUAAUCAUGUAGAGACGGAGAAGAAAAAAAGGGUGCAUUUUCACGGAUUCAUGUUGGAUGUACAUAAACGAAUCCAUCGGCUCAAACAAAGCUUGCCCAAGAGAAAAGUGGGAAAAAUGGCGAAGGCAUACGAUCCUAUCGCACCGAUUGCUGAAGAAAUCAGCGAAGAGGCCUGCUUGCUGUGUUUUGAUGAGUUUCAGGUCACUGACAUUGCAGAUGCCAUGAUACUCAAGCAGCUCUUUGAGAACCUCUUCCUGAAUGGGGUUGUAGUUGUUGCCACGUCCAAUCGCCCUCCAGAUGAUUUAUACAAAAACGGAUUACAGAGGGUGAACUUUGUGCCCUUCAUAGCUGUGCUAAAGGAAUACUGCCAAACAUUACGUCUGGAUUCUGGAAUAGAUUACCGGAGGAGAAAUCGCCCUGCGGCUGGAAAACUCUUCUACCUUUCUAGUGAACCUGAUGUUGAUGCAACACUCGAUAAGCUGUUUGAUGAGAUGGCCUUCAAACAGAAUGAUAUUACUCGACCCAGAUCUCUUAAGGUACAUGGCAGGAUACUGACACUUGAUAAAGCAUGUGGGACCAUUGCAGACUGUACUUUUGAGGAGCUUUGUGACCGGCCUAUAGGAGCCAGCGACUACCUGGAGAUCUCUGCUGUGUUUGACACGGUUUUCAUCAGAAACAUUCCUUUGCUCACAUUGAACAAGAAGACCCAGGCCAGACGCUUCAUAACGCUCAUUGAUGCGCUAUAUGAACACAAGGUUCGAGUGGUGCUGAAGGCAGAAACUCCAUUAGAUGAUCUGUUUGUUCAUGAACAUCACGAUGAUCACGAUCCUCACGAGACUCAUGUUUUAUUGGAUGAUCUGGGCAUUUCAAGGGAUGCAGGCAGCUCGCUGGCCAUCUUCACGGGUGAGGAGGAGGUGUUCGCCUUUCAGAGGACGGUUUCUCGCCUCACCGAGAUGCAGACGGAGGAGUACUGGGUUGCAGGAGAUCGGAGCACCAACUAGCUUUUAUCAUUAUAACUCCAUAUACAGCGGCCAUCUCAACUAUCAUAAGACUCAGCCUCUCUCGAGGGCUUGGGAUCAACUCCAUUUUGAUUUGGUGAGGACUGUGUUUUUAAUAAUGCUGCACUUUAUAAACGCACAUGCAAAUGAACGUGACACUAGCCUCAUCCCUGAGGUUUUUGGUCUGGAAGGAUGGGCAGAUGGUUUGUUGGAUGAGCAUGGAUGUGGAUCUGCCAAAGAAACGUUUGAAAUCAGCCUGCCUUUCUGGUUAUGUAAGUGGUUUGUGUUUUAUUGAUGACAUUUGGUGGUCAGAUGGCUGAUAUGCAACCUAUUUAAGAUGAAUAUUUGCAUUCAAAUGCAUUAAAAUAUUUGAACAACUUUUAUUGAUGUCUGAUUGGUUCCUGUAGUGUUUCUGUUUCAGGUCGGGGUUUUUCUGCAGGUAUGUUUACAGUGAUUACGUAUUAUUUGUGUUCGUAAUGUAUGAGAAUGCUAUGUACACUCACCGGCCACUUUAUUAGGUACACCUUACUAGUACCUAGUUGGGCCUGUUUUGCCUUCAGAACUGCCUUAGUCCUUCAUGGCAUAGAUUCAACAAGGUACUGGAAAUAUUCCUCAGGGAUUUCGAUCUGUAUUGACAUGAUAGCAUCACGCAGUUGCUGCAGAUUUGUCGGCUGCACAUCCAUGAUGUGAAUCUCCCGUUCCACCACAUCCCAAAGGUGCUCUAUUGGAUUAGCUGUGGCGACUGUGGAGGCCAUUUGAGUACAGUGAACUCAUUGUCAUAUUCGAUAAUCCAGUCUGAGAUAAUUCGCACCUUAUGACAUGGUGUGUUAUCCUGCUGGAAUAAGCCUCCAGAAGAUGGAUACACUGUGGUCAUAAAGAGAUGGACAUGUUCAGCAACAAUACUGGGCCCAAAGUCUGCCAAGAAAAUAUCCCCUACACCAUUAAACCAGCACCACCAGCCUGAACCAUUGAUACAAGGCAGGAUGGAUCCAUGUUUUUAUGUUGCUGACGCCAAAUUCUGUGGAAAAACGUGUACCUAAUAAAGUGGCCGGUGAAUGUAUAUUUUGGUUUAGGGAAGGAGUCAUGUCUGAAGGUUUUAUCGGGGGAUAAUUGUAAUUUAAUGUUUACCAAAAUAGUUUGUUCUAAGUGUUAUAUUUUGGUUUGUAUUUUUUUAUUGCAAGAAUAAUGUCUGAAUUGACGUGGCCUGCCCCUGAAUUUACUCAUAUGCUUACAGUGGUAUUCAACAGACAUUUAUUUUAUUCACUUCAAUUCCUCUUCAUUUCUAUAGAGCUUUGUACCAUGUAUAUUGUGUCAAAGCAGCUGAACAUGGAUUUUUUUUAAACAAAUUGCUCUAUCAGGGUUAUACGAUCAUGGAAAACCAGGAAAUGUCUUGGAAUUUUGACAUGGCAUUUUUCAGGCCUGGAAAAGUUUUGGAAAAGCAGAAAAAUCAUAGUCAUGGAUUUUACAUUUAGUCAUUUAGCAGACAUUUUUGUCCAAAGCGACUUAAGCUGCGGUCACACUAAAUUUUGUGCUUGCAAAAUACUGUCACCACGUAUAUGUAGACAUUACAUGAAACAUUAGGUCAUGGAAAUUUACUUGACAGUCCUGGAGAAGUCCUGAAAAUU